CGCUGCGGCCUCCGCCCCUCCUCCCGCCCCUUGCCCCGGUGCGGGAAGCACCGGAGCCGCGGCAGGAGCAGGGACGGAACCGCCGCUUCCCCGAGGAGAAGGCGGAAAACCUCGGGAGAGCCAUGAAACCACCGCAGCGCCGCAGCGGCGCGCGGUGAGCGCUCCCGCAGAGAGCUUGUCCCCUCCCGGCGGCCAUACCGCCGUUCCCGCCUAAACGCGGCGGCGGCGGCGCCGGCCGUGAGGGGGCCCCGCGGCCAUGAAGGCGCUGCGGCGGCUGAGCCGGCACCGCACCGCGCUGGGGCUCGGCGGGCUCUCGCUCUGCGCCGCCGUCCUGCUCUACCUCGCCAAGUGCACCUCCGAGGGGCUGCGCCCGCUGCCCGCGGCCCCCGCGCUCCCGCACGGCCAGCCCGGCCGGGGGGCCCGCGCCGCGCCGCCGGCCGGCCCUGAGGGCAGCGCCUUCGUGGCCGUGGUGGUGAUGAGCGGCCCCAAGUACAGCGAGCGGCGCAGCAUCAUCCGCAGCACCUGGAUGGCGGCGGCGCGGCAGGCGCCUCACGGCCGCGUCUGGAGCCGCUUCGUGGUGGGCACGGCGGGGCUGGGCGCCGAGGAGCUGCGGAGCCUGGAGCUGGAGCAGAGCCGCCACCGGGACCUGCUGCUGCUGCCGGAGCUGCGCGACUCCUACGAGAACCUCACGGCCAAGGUGCUGGCGACCUACGUGUGGCUGGAUGCGCACCUGGACUUCCAGUUCGCCCUCAAGGCGGACGACGACACCUUCGUGCGCUUGGACGUGCUGGUGGAGGAGCUGAGGGCCAAGGAGCCGCGGCGCCUCUACUGGGGCUUCUUCUCGGGCCGCGGGCGGGUGAAAUCCGGGGGGAAGUGGAAGGAGAGCGCCUGGCUGCUGUGUGAUUAUUACCUGCCCUACGCGCUGGGCGGCGGCUACGUGAUCUCCGCCGACCUGGUGCGCUACCUGCGCCUCAGCAGGGACUACCUGAACCUGUGGCAGAGCGAGGACGUGUCCCUGGGCGUGUGGCUGGCGCCCAUCGACGUGAAGAGAGUGCACGACCCCCGCUUCGACACCGAGUACAAAUCGCGCGGCUGCAGCAACAAAUACAUCGUGACGCACAAGCAGAGCAUCGAGGACAUGCUGGAGAAGCACCAGACGCUGGCCAAGGAGGGGAAGCUCUGCAAGGAGGAGGUUAAACUCAGGCUUUCCUACAUGUACGACUGGGCGGUGCCUCCCUCGCAGUGCUGCCAGAGGAAGGACGGCAUCCCCUGAAAGGCUCGGGAAGAAGAAGCCUCGGGGAUGGUGGACUCUGGUUGCUGUUACACGGGGGAGAAUCCCGGGAAAAUGGGCUCCUUGCCUCAGUUUCCCCCUCAGAACAUUGGGGCCAAAAGGCUUUGGGAUGCAGGCAUGGCUGGAUUUAGGGAAGAGCAGAAUCCUGGAAUCUCCUGCUCCAUACCCAAGGACAAAGCUCCCAAGUGCCAGCCUGGUGCUGUGGGUCCGUAAUUCCAGCAGAACCGAGUGGGAAGAGGUGAUAAAAUGGAAUUCUUGCCUCAGUUUCUCCCUCAGAACACUGGGAACAAAUCGUUCCCCUCGGGUACUGAUCCCAAAGGCUGUGGGAUGCAGGCCUGGCUGGAUUUAGGGAGUUGCAGUUAAUUGGAGUCAGGGGUUAAUUACUCUGAAAAAGAUUUUGCACGGCUCAUCGUCACCCCGGGACUCCCUGAGAGCUGCUGACGUGGCAUGGUUAAAGAUUCUUAAAAAACAAAACAAACCAGGUGCCAGAGAGCACAGGAAGAGGCCAAACGCCAGGACUGAAGGCAAAUAAAAGGUGGCAAACCACAAAAAGUAGAGAAAAAAGUGGGGAGAGAAGUGGAAUGAGAAGUUUGAACAGAUCCUGAGCUUGAUUUGCUCAAGGCCACGCUAAGUUUUGAUGCUGAUGAGACUGAAAAAAGGAGGCUGCUGUUUAUUCCUUGGCACGGAAAUGCCAGCUUGGCACGGAGGGAAGAGCCCAAACUGGGACCAGGUUAUUCCAGAGGGUAGGAAAAGGGAUCAGCUUUUCCUGGGAUAGCUGCAGGGAGAGAAUGGAAUCAUUAAAUCUGUUCAUUUGUCCUUUUUUUUUUUCCCUUUGAAAAGAAGUGUCCAUAAAUCCCCUCCAGCCCCAAAGGGAGGUGGCUGAGUUUGGGCAGAAAUUACAUUUAUUCUUAUUUUGGGAGAAGAUUUUUUUUUUUUUUUUUUUUUUUAGCUUUGCAAAUCCUCCAGGUGUUGUUUUGAGCUCAUUUCCCUCCCAACACUCACUCAGGAACUCCCUGGCUGCCCCAGGACUUCAAAUUUAGAUUUAUUUUUUAAUACAAACGAGCAAGAAUUGAUCAGUGGGAGUUCAAAAACCCAUUGGCCCAUAGGUGGGGAUUUAAGGUACAAAAGUGAAAUUUGUGUAGUCAAGAGAAAACGGUUCCCCCCACCCCAAAAAUUCAAUUUGGAGAACUUUUACUUCUCUUUUCAGCACACUAAAAAAAAAAACAAAAAACAUUUAGGUGCUCAAAGCUGGGGAAAUUCCCUCCUCCUCUCCAAAAAUUCCUUGCAGAGGAACUAAAAUUGAAUUAAUUAUCAGUGACACAUCCAAAAUUGGGUUUUUUUUUUUUCCCUCAGAUGUGAUUUCUUUAUCUCCAAACCUGGAAUUCCAACAUUUUUCCACUGGCUUGAGCCGUUUUUACUUCGGAAAUGUAAAAAUUGCAUUUUUUCAAUGUUUUUUUGGGGAGGUUUUUUGUGGGUUUUUUGGUUUUUUUUGGUGUUUGUUGCACUCUGCACUUUCAUUCCCAUUCCGUUCCCAACUCUGGCUGGAAGAGACAAAAAUUGAAAAUGGCACAGGAAAAUUGAAAAUGGAAAAAAUCCCAAUUCCUCUUUCUUUUUUGCUCUGCAAAAAUUAGGAAUUUUAGCAAUUAGGAAUGCCAAAGGGAUCACUUACAUUGCAGUUUUAUUUAUUUUUUGGUUAUUCUUGUUUUAAUUAAUUAAUUACUGAAGAUCAAAAAUCCUCAGAAGACUUUUUUUAUUUUGAAAAUUUCAAGACUUUUUUUUUUUUUCCUAAAACAAAACUAAAACCCUGCAAAAACUCAAUUAUUUUAGCAUGUUCAACUCGAUUAUUAUAAUAAUUAUUAUAAUUAUUAUUAUAAUGCAUGCAUAGGAAUUACCAGGGAGUAUUUUUCCCCCCAAAAUAUCCUCUUCCAAAGCAGGAAUUUUCCAAGAUGUCAGCAAAUUCCACUUUUUUAAACAUCCCAUUUGCCAUCUGAGCUUCAUCGACGUCGUCUGUAUCGUGAUAAAUUACCUGUAAUGUGAAUAUUUAUUUAUAAUUAUAUUUAUUUCGAAUUCUUGCCUCUGUGUUCUCUUUAUUUUCCCAGAAAAAUUACAAAUAAAUCCAUUUAUUCCCAG